AUGCCAGACGGCGUCAAGAGUAAAUCUCCUCUGAUAAAAUCAUUAUCUUCAAAAGAUUUGCGCCGGAGAGGUUCUCACAGAGCGGGCUUCUUGAAUGCUGACAAUUCUGGAAGCCGUGAAGACGGAAAUGAUAUGACCAGCGGGGCAGAGGAGCAUUUGUUGCAAGAUCUAGACAAUAUACUGUACAAGAAACUGCACUUAGGGGAAUCUAGUCCCAAUAGUGGCAGCUUGCGCGGAUCCCCUAUCUCUCUUUCGCCUCCCAGAUCGCCAAAUGACCAGACAGACACUGAAGUGGAUUCAAACGUGCUAGACUCAGAUGCUCAACAGGAAGAAGAGGACGAGGAUUUCGCAAAUGUUGAUGAAAUAGAUGGCCCAAUUUCGCCUUCUUCCAGCUCUGGAAGCCUCAAAGAUCUCACCAAAAGCCAUUUACACAAGAGCGUGGAUGAGACCUUAAACCGGGACGUCGACUUCAAUCUCCCCGUGGACAAAGAACUUCAGAGCCAGCUCAAUAAGCGAGCACAGGAGAUUGAGAAUGAUUUCUACAUAUAUCAGCCUUCCAAAGCAUCUCUACAAUGGUCAAUGCAAGACUUCUACACGUUGCAGGAUGAGCUUCCAGAUUGGUUUUGUUUUGCAGACUACAGAGCUUUAGCCGAGGCUAAGAACAGCUUCGAAAAACGGUUCGAUUCCUCAAAAUUUCUAGGAGAGGCAGCCUACGCUAAUAAAACUACUAAUAUGCUGGUAGAAGAACUGACCACCGACAUUACCAAGACUUCUCGUUUUGAGGCAUUAACAUAUAUUUCUAUGGGGCUUUUCGGUAGCCACCAAAGUAAAAACGAUCAUGUUCAGAGCAUAAGAGAUUACAACCUUUUACUGACGCCCUUCAUGCCUGUUUUACUAAAGGCAUUCAUUACUCAUGCUACUCUGUGUAGGGACGAGAAUUCUCAUUUGAGACAUUAUACAAAACUCUUCUUCUAUUCUGGUACCUUGAUGUUCUUCUUCAUAAAUGUUUUGAUCGAGAGUCAAGAGGAUAGCUCAUCGAGCUCGCAAAGAGCAACAGCUAUCGCUGAAAUAAACAAAGCCAAUCUACUUGAGUUCAUUGUGAAAUAUAUCGAACAUUGGAGAUGGAACAGUCGUUUGAGCAUGAGGGUGCGAAGCGCCAUUCUGCUUCUUCACCGACUCUUACUACUUCAGUUUGGCGACAUGCGACAUUAUGAAAAGGUUAAGACAUAUGUCCAUCAAAAGCACAGCAUAAAGCCGAAAGGCGAUCGAUCCAACAAGCUUAUAAUUAGCCCGUUGGACUACCAUGCAUUCCGAGAAGAUAUCUCGGCUAGGUUCCCAACAUUUAUACCACCCGCGUCUGAUGUUCCAGCUUGCUUUGACAGCUCCAACUCUCUUUCUCAGUUUUUGGAAAUUCCAAGGCCAAAAUCUAAAAGUACUUUAAACUUGAAUAUAGGCGCGCCAGAGUACCACAUUGCCACACCAAUGCCAUCCCCGUCAUCAUCUCCUACCCAGCAAACACGAGGAGGCUCUAAGUCCCGAAAAUCAUUCCAAACUAACCUAGCGUAUCCAUCCAUGUAUCCAUCUGAUGAUGAAAAUGGUGCAUAUGACCCGCUCACAGAAAUACUGCCGUCAGUUGAAAACAUGAGUGGGGAUGGCCAGGUCCCUUUUAGCGUUGGGGAGGCUACUCGUAUUCUUCACAACAGUGUGGAAGUGAAAUUGUCAACAAGGCAGCUGUGGCACGAGCGUGAGUUAUUCAUGGCUCAAGAACGUGGCUGGGGUUCUAAAGAUGAGAAACUGGAUUCAAACCUUUCUUACUACUAUAAAGACGAUGAUACGGCAGAGGCACAAACUAUGGCCCGUGUGGAAGACUUUUACGAGAAAUGUUUACCAAGUUUUAGCUCCAUUGUUUAUGUGCUUUUACAAACAAUUGAAUCUAAUGUUAAUAAUCGCGCCUUCACUUCCGAGGAUCUUCCCAACGAAGCAGCAGAGCUGAAAGCUGGUCCUCAGCUAGAAAUAAUAAGGUCGAAGGAAGUCGCGCUCAAGUCUGCGUCCUCUAUUCUCUUUCUUCUAAACAAAUGGUUUAAACUGAGUCAUAUUCUCAAAUACGAGCAUUUAUGCGUUAUUCUUCACGACUGCAAGUUCAUCAACGUUGCCACGGGGUUGUUGAAUAACUGUACAGACCGAUACCCCGAACGGGUAUUUGGAAAGAUAGUACAGUCAAAACAUUCUUUCUGGAAGGCGUGCUCCGAGUUUAAUCCAGCAUAUUGCGAGGACUACAAAGUGAAUCAUACAAUUAUCGACCCCAAUGUGAAUCUACGGUUCCUGAACACCGAGGUUUACUUGUUGCGGGUAUUGAGUCAGGUCACGGGCAAUAAAACUCAGAGACUCAAAGAGCUCCCUCUUUCUAUCGGAGCUCUCCUCAAGAAACUCUACCAAGUCUUCAACCUUGAGAUAUACAAUCCGAUAUUGAAGAUCACUCAGGAACUCACGCCUUUCAAAAACAAGAAGUGGAAAUCCGAGCACAUGGAUCUCAUUUCUGGAGUGUACUUGUACAAAAAGCUAAAACUCAAUGACAAUUGGGUCACUGGAAAAGAUAUUGCAGGGGAAUUGAAUGAUGCAUGUGGUCAGGAAAUCGCUUUGAGAGCACUGCUGCAAUUCUACAAUUUCCUGCACUACAAAACAUCUGUAGAGCACUUGGGAUAUUUCGACAAAAGCGACUCAUCUUUUUUUAGUAAGGAGGCCGAAAUUUUGACGAGUGCCCAUUAA